AUUUUUUUUUUUAGAUAAGGAUAAUAAUUAAUAAAAUUAUUAAUUAUUAAUAAUUAAAGAUUCGACCUGAAUUCUGAGUAACAUUUCACUUCCCUCGACGAGAUGGGACGCCUAUUAAUUCGUUUGGUGGAGUUCCAUAAUUUCAACAUAGAAAGAGGAGUAUUAGGUAUUUUCCAGCAUCAAUGAAGAAUAUGAUCAUUUGCUUUAUUUUGUUUCCAACGUUGUUGAUACAAUGCUUCAUGGUUUCCUUAACCAUGUCUCAAACAAACUUCACCAUAGACCAAUCUGCCCUUCUUGAAUUCAAAGUUCACAUCACGUUUGAUCCUUUGAAUGUCCUGUCCUCCAAUUGGUCCUCUGUCAGCUCCAUCUGCACCUGGACUGGUGUUUCCUGUGGUGUUCUUCAUGACAGAGUCACUUCCUUGAAUCUUUCUGACAUGAACCUCUCUGGCACUCUCCCUCCCCACUUGGGAAACCUCUCAUUCCUUGGAUCUCUCAACUUGAGUGGAAACAACUUCCAUGGAAAAUUGCCUCCAGAGUUGGGUAAGUUGCAGCUUUUAAGGCUCAUCGACUUGAGCUCCAAUUUGCUUGAAGGAAGCAUCCCAGAUGAGAUAGGUUUGCUCUCAAAGCUUGAGGUUUUCAAAGUAGGAAACAACAAGCUUUCGAAUUUCAUUCCAUCCACGAUCUACAAUAUUUCCUCCCUGGAAGUUUUAGACUUCACGUCUAAUUACAUGCUUACAGGAACUAUUUCAAGAAACAUUGCAAACUUAACUAAGCUAAUGGAAAUAUAUCUUGGAAAUACAGAAGUACAAGGAGAAAUACCACAGGAGAUGGGUGGUCUUUAUAAUCUGGAGAUAUUUUCAGCUGGAAAUGCAAGCCUCUUGGGUCCCAUUCCACCAAACAUCUUCAAUAUAUCUUCCUUAAGAUGGAUUCAUCUUGAGAGAAAUAACCUUUACGAUGCCCUUCCUAUUGACUUGUGCUUCCAUCUGCCGAAUCUUGCAGUGCUUCAUCUGUACAUGAAUCAGUUAAAUGGCUCAAUUCCCUCAAGUAUAGGCAAAUGCAAGAAGCUUCAAAAUAUGGACUUAUCAAGUAACAGAUUCACUGGACGCAUCCCUAGAAGCAUUGGGAACUUGACUGAACUUACUGAAAUAUAUUUAAGUAACAAUGGCUUGGAAGGUGAAAUUCCAGUAGAGUUGUCCAAUCUACACAACCUGGAGAUAUUGAGUAUUGGGGAUAUGGGACUUACAGGUCUCAUUCCACCUCCCAUCUACAACAUAUCCUCUCUAAGGCACAUUUAUUUUCCAAAUAAUAGCCUUUCAGGAAGUCUCCCUGAGGUUUUGUGCCGGCAUCUCCCAAUACUUGAGAAGUUUAAUGUCAUCAACAAUAAGCUCACAGGAACUAUUCCGAAUGAUAUAGGAAACUGCACUUUCCUCAACUUUUUGCAGAUUGGUGAAAAUUUCUUAACAGGUGGUAUACCAGAGGAGGUUGGGAACUUACCUCUUAGCUUUCUACAUAUGGGAUUCAACUUCUUGUCUGGUUCCAUUCCACCCAUGAUCUUUAAUAUCUCAACCUUAGAAUUCAUUAAUUUACAAAUGAAUAACCUUUCAGGCCAACUUCCUUCAACCUUGGGACUCUGGCUUCCAAAGCUUACUGAGCUAUAUCUGACUCAAAAUAAACUCAGUGGUAUUCUCCCAAGUACUAUCUCCAAUUCUUCCCUGCUUACCAAGCUAACAUUAGGCCGUAAUUCAUUCUCUGGCCCUCUUCCCAAUUCAUUUGGUGAUCUGAGAUUCCUAAAUGCGCUUGACCUGAGUGGAAAUAGUAUGACUUCUGGACUAUCCAUUCCUAGAGGAGAUUUUCUCUCUUCCUUGACAAACUGCAGAUUUUUGACACGUUUAUCUGUAUCAUCUAAUUCAUUGGAUGUUAUGCUUCCAGCUUCAAUUGGAAACCUGUCCACUUCCCUUCAAUAUUUAUAUGCAAGAAAUUGCUCAAUCAAGGGGAAAAUUCCGGCAGAAAUUGGCAACUUAAGUAACUUGAUAGCUCUGAGUCUUUCAAAAAAUUAUUUGACAGGAUCAAUUCCAACAACAAUCAGAAGAUUGCAGCAGCUCCAAGGUUUGUACCUAUAUAGAAACAGACUACAAGGAACAAUUCCAUAUGAUAUUUGUCAUUUAGAAGCAUUGAAUCUACUGAGACUUGAUGAUAAUCAGCUCAAUGGGUCUUUCCCACAGUGCCUGGCCAAUUUGACUUCUUUAAGAGCUCUAAACUUAAGUUCCAACAACUUUAGUUCUACCAUACCCUCAGCCUUUUGGAGUCUUAUGUAUAUCUUGCAAGUAAACUUGUCAACAAAUUCUUUCAAUGGCUCUCUCCCAUUAGAGAUUGGAAACAUGAAGGCCUUGAUCAACAUGGAUUUAUCUAGAAAUCAGCUAUCAGGAAAUUUACCAAGUAGCAUUGGGGAUUGUAAAGAUCUGAGCUAUCUUUCCUUGGCAGAAAAUGCAUUAGAAGGUAACAUUCCUCAAUCAUUUGAUGGGUUGGUAAGCUUGGAAUUCUUGGAUCUCUCAAACAACAAUCUUUCCGGAGUGAUUCCCAAGUCUUUGGAGACACUCUCCUCUCUCAAAUACUUCAAUGUGUCUUUCAAUAGACUUGAAGGAGAAAUCCCAACCAAAGGACCAUUUAGAAACUUCUCAGCUCAAUCAUUUAUGGGGAAUGCUGCCCUCUGCGGUUUGCCAAGGCUUCUUGUGCCUUCAUGUAAAGGCAGCUCCUCUCAUUCUCUGAAAAAAUCAGUCCAUCUUUUGGGAUAUGUUUUGCCACCAACAGCAGCUAUCAUAUUGAUAUUGACACUCAUCAUGAUCUUCACAAGAUGCCUUAAAUCACAAGAAACACCCACCGAUGAAGAAGUUAUAUUAAGUCCAGAAAAAUGGAAGAGGAUUUCAUACUGGGAGCUUCAACGAGCAACAAAUAGACUCAACAGAAGAAAUCUGCUUGGCACAGGGAGUUUUGGGUCAGUAUACAGUGGGAUACUUUCUGAUGGAAUGAAAGUUGCAGUAAAGGUUUUUAAUCUGCAAGUGGAAGGUGCAUCUGGGAGUUUAAACACUGAAUGUGAAAUACUAAGCAGUAUACGCCAUCGUAAUUUGAUCAAAAUCGUUAGUAGCUGUUGUAGUGAGGACUUCAAGGCCUUGGUGAUGGAGUUCAUGCCUAACGGGACCCUGGAGAGGUGGCUAUAUUCUGAUGGAUGUUGUUUGGAUAUCCUGCAGAGACUGAAUAUCAUGAUAGAUGUGGCUUCUGCUCUAGAAUAUCUCCACCAUGGAAAUUCAGUACUCAUUGUCCACAGCGAUUUGAAGCCUAGUAAUGUGUUGCUUGAUGAAGAUAUGGUUGCCCAUGUGGGGGACUUUGGCCUUGCCAAGCUUUUAGGAGCAGGAGAAUCUGUGAAGGAGACCAUGAGGAUUGCCACUAUUGGCUACAUGGCACCAGAGUAUGGAUCGCUAGGCAUUGUUUCUACAAAAGUUGAUGUCUACAGUUACGGAAUUGUAGUAAUGGAAGUCUUCACUAGAAGAAAGCCUACUGAUGAACUUUUCUCCGGGGAAAUGAGCUUGAAGCUGUGGGUAAGGGAGUCAUUGUCCGCUUCUGUAAUUGACAUUAUUGAUGCCAAUUUGGUGAGCUCAGAAGAGGAACAUUCUGUUGCCAAGAUAAAAUGUGUAACAUCUAUUAUGGAAAUGGCUUUGGAUUGUUCAGCGGAAUCACCCAAAGAAAGACCACACAUGAUGGACAUUGUAGCUAUGCUUAAGAAGAUCAAAGAUAAGUAUCUGAAAGACGUUAGAGCUUGGAGGGAUACAUUGAGCAGACCGCAGUAAAACGUAACAAAGAUCAUUAUUAUGAUGUAGAUUGUAUACUUUGAAUAAAAAAUACAAUGAAAA